GGGCGGGCGCCCUGGCCCGGGGUCACGGGCGCGGGGAGCCGGGCGGCGGCGCGGGCCGAGCGGAGGGAGGAGGAGGGGGAGGCGGCGGCGCGGGGAGCGCGUUUGGGGCGCCGCGGCGGGCGGGGAGGGUGGCGGCCGCCGGUGCGCGCCGGGCGCUGUGUGUGCGCGCUCCUCCGCCCCGGGAGGACGAUGGCCCAGAAGGGAAAGUUGGGGUGACGCGUGCGGCCCCCGGAGGCUCGGCUGGGGACACCGCAGUGAGCGCCCGCCCCCUCCCUGCAGGUGGCGGCGGGGGCGCGGGGUCCGGGCGCCCGGGACGCGGGGGAGCCCGGCCGAGGGAUGGGCUGCGCCCCCAGCAUCCACGUUUCGCAGAGCGGCGUGAUCUACUGUCGGGACUCGGACGAGUCCAACUCGCCCCACCACACCACCAGCGUGUCGCAGGGCCCCGAGCCUCCCGUGCCCGGCCUCUCGGGGCAGCCCGACGCCGCCGCCACCCUCCCCAGGAGCCGCGAGUCCGGGCCUCCCGGCGCCGCCCGGGUCCGCAGGGCUCGCGCCGAGCUGGGCAGCAGCAGCAGCAGCUCGGGCUCCGCAGCCCCCGCGGCGACCACCUGCCGGGGCCGGCGGCGCCACUGCUGCAGCAGCGCCGAGGCCGAGACCCAGACCACCUACUCCAACCUCCAGGUGUCUUCUGCGGAGGUACGCAUUGGGCCCAUGAGACUGACGCAGGAUCCGAUCCAGGUUUUGCUGAUCUUUGCCAAGGAGGACAGUCAGAGUGAUGGAUUCUGGUGGGCCUGUGACAGAGCCGGCUUCAGAUGCAAUAUUGCCCGGACUCCAGAGUCAGCCCUUGAAUGCUUUCUGGAUAAACAACAUGAAAUUAUUGUGAUUGAUCACAGACAUGCUCGGAACUUCGACGCAGAGGCUGUGUGCAGGUCGAUCCGGGCCACGAACCUCGCGGAGCACACGGUGAUCCUGGCGGUGGUUUCACAAGCAUCGGGCGACCACGAAGAGGCCUCCGUCCUCCCUCUUCUGCACGCAGGCUUCAGCAGGAGGUUUGUGGAGAAUAGCAGCAUCAUCGCCUGCUACAACGAACUGAUCCAGAUCGAGCACGGGGAGGUCCGCUCGCAGUUUAAGCUCCGGGCUUGUAAUUCAGUGUUUACAGCAUUAGACCACUGUCAUGAAGCCAUAGAAAUAACAAGCGAUGAGCAUGUGAUUCAGUACGUCAACCCAGCCUUCGAGAGGAUGAUGGGCUACCACAAGAGCGAGCUCCUCGGGAAAGAACUCGCCGAGCUGCCCAAAAGCGAUAAGAACCGGGCCGACCUCCUGGACACCAUCAACACCUGCAUCAGGAAGGGCAAGGAGUGGCAAGGGGUUUACUACGCCAAGCGGAAGUCCGGGGACAGCAUCCAGCAGCACGUGAAGAUCACCCCUGUGAUCGGCCAAGGAGGGAAAAUUAGGCAUUUUGUCUCCCUCAAGAAGCUGUGUUGUACCGCUGACAAUAAUAAGCAGAUUCACAAGAUUCAUCGAGAUUCAGGAGACAAUUCUCAGACAGAGUCUCAUUCAUUCAGAUACAAGAGCAGGAGGAGGGAGUCCAUUGAUGUGAAAUCAAUAUCAUCUCGAGGCAGUGACGCGCCAAGCCUGCAGAACCGUCGCUACCCAUCUAUGGCAAGGAUCCAUUCCAUGACCAUUGAGGCCCCCAUCACAAAGGUUAUAAAUAUAAUUAAUGCAGCCCAAGAAAACAGCCCUGUUACAGUAGCAGAAGCCUUGGACAGAGUUUUAGAAAUCUUACGGACCACUGAACUGUACUCCCCUCAGCUGGGCACCAAAGACGAAGAUCCUCACACCAGCGAUCUUGUUGGAGGUCUGAUGACUGAUGGCCUGAGAAGGUUGUCAGGAAACGAGUACGUGUUCACUAAGAAUGUGCACCAGAGUCACAGUCACCUUGCAAUGCCAAUAACCAUCAAUGAUGUCCCCCCGUGUAUCGCUCAAUUACUUGAUAAUGAGGAAAGUUGGGAGUUCAACAUCUUUGAGUUGGAAGCUGUUACACAUAAAAGGCCAUUGGUUUACCUGGGCUUAAAGGUCUUUUCCCGGUUUGGAGUGUGUGAAUUUUUACGCUGUUCUGAAACGACUCUUCGGGCUUGGCUCCAAGUGAUUGAAGCCAACUACCACUCCUCCAAUGCUUACCACAACUCCACCCAUGCCGCGGAUGUCCUGCACGCCACCGCCUUCUUCCUGGGAAAGGAGAGAGUGAAGGGAAGCCUGGACCAGCUGGAUGAGGUGGCAGCGCUGAUUGCUGCCACCGUCCAUGAUGUGGACCACCCAGGAAGAACCAACUCUUUCCUCUGCAACGCAGGCAGUGAGCUUGCUGUGCUCUACAACGACACGGCCGUCUUGGAGAGCCACCACACGGCCCUGGCCUUCCAGCUGACGGUCAAGGACAGCAAAUGCAACAUCUUCAAGAACAUUGACAGGAACCAUUAUCGAACACUGCGCCAGGCUAUUAUUGACAUGGUUUUAGCAACUGAGAUGACAAAACACUUCGAACAUGUGAACAAGUUUGUGAACAGCAUCAACAAACCAAUGGCAGCUGAGAUUGAGGGCAGCGACUGUGAAUGUAACCCUAUUGGGAAGAACUUCCCUGAGAACCAAAUCCUGAUCAAGCGCAUGAUGAUUAAGUGUGCCGAUGUGGCCAACCCAUGCCGCCCCCUGGACCUGUGCAUCGAAUGGGCCGGGAGGAUCUCUGAGGAGUACUUCGCACAGACUGAUGAAGAGAAGAGACAGGGACUGCCUGUGGUGAUGCCAGUGUUUGACCGGAAUACCUGUAGCAUUCCCAAGUCACAAAUUUCCUUCAUUGACUACUUCAUAACAGACAUGUUCGAUGCUUGGGAUGCCUUUGCACAUCUGCCAGCACUGAUGCAACAUUUGGCCAAUAACUACAAACACUGGAAGACAUUAGAUGACCUGAAGUGCAAAAGUCUGAGGCUUCCAUCUGACAGCUAAAGCCAAGACAGAGAAGGGGACCUCUUUCUGUCAAGGGCAUGUGAAUCACAGUAGUGUAAACAAGAGACUUUCCUUUAUAAUGAAAAUGACAAGUGUAGGUCAAGGAGCUAAUGUUUAAUAUUUGACUUGGAAUCAAGUCCCCAGAUUUUAUUUUUACAAAGUUAUGCUCCAUGAAAAAAAAAUGUUCUUUAUAAAAUCAGUGACAGAACAAACCCAUGGCAAAUUUGCCAUGCUGUCACCCUGUGUGCACUCAUCAACCAUGGAGAUGAAUGACUGUAACUAGAAGGACAUACACAGCACAGACUUGGUGUCUCUGAGCCCAUCUCCCUGGAUGGUGACCAAGUAGCUUAGAUAGAGUUCAGCUCAUAUCUUACCAUAAAAAUCACCAUCACUGUUUUAGCUUGACUAUUUUCCACAAGAGCUUCAGUCUGGUGGAUUCAUACUAUCUAAGAAAAACUAUAUAUAAAAUGAACUAGGACCAAAUUAUUGAUAAACAAGUUAGCUUCACUGGCUAAGUGUUUCUUCUGAUUGACGUUAUGACACCCAAGUUAGAACCCAGCCUUGGCCUGAUGAGUGCCUUCGAGUCUGGUAGCAGCUGCCUAUAUCCCUCUCUCCUAUAAAAGGAAUUAAUUCAUCUUAACAGAAAGCCAUCCAUGAUGGGGAAGGGAGUGACAUUCUGUUUUGGGGGACUCUAUGAGAUCCCCUUAUUUCUGGUUAAUAGAGGCAGUCACAAGGCACUAUAGUAUUAUAUAAAAGCCAUUAAAUCUGAAUGCCCUGGGACAAGCUUUUUUUUAAAAAGAAAAAAUUUCUAUACAUUUGCUGUUGAAAAUUUUUAUGAAAUCAAUCUAAAUUUUCUGGAUAUAAAUCAACCAAGUAUGUUGUAUCAUGUACCAUCUCUGUGUAUAUAUUUGGGAGGGGAUUUGGGAAGUUUCAAGGUUCAUAUGUUUUUAACCUAUCUGUAUUUGCAAUCAUGCCAUUUUCCUUUAAUGAUGUAAAAAUAUUGCAAGAUGUGUAAAUAUAUUGAAAAUAGACAUGAGGAAACAGUAAAUAUUAUUAAUUGUAUGAUAAAGCUUCUAAAGCACAAGUGCAUAUUUUUAUACAGCUCUUUUCACAACUUUCUGUGAUCUACAUGAAGUCAGACUUGAAUAUUUUUCCUUUUAUCAGUCAACCCUUCUCUAUGUAUUAUAAACUCAGUAAACAAAAUAUCUUCAUUUUUCUUCCAAAUUCUUUGUACUCAUGCUGCAUUUUUUAAGAGAUAUAAACAGAGACUGAAUUAACUGAAUCAGUAGAUACUUUUUUCAAAUGAAAAUUGGAAUGCAGAAAACUUGGAAUUAGUACAUGGGGGAAAAAAUGUCUUAUCAUUACAUAAUGUGCCAAUAUUUUUUUAAUGUUUUAUAACAAAAAUUGAAACAUAUAUGACAAUUCCAUGCAAAGAAGUGUAUCUAAAUUAUUUUAGAUAAGAAAACUUGCUUAGUCAGGACAGCAGCUAGCGUUGUAUUAUAAUGCUGCAUUAGGAAAAUGUUUUUGUGAGAUACUUGUAACUAAAAUCUUACAGCCAUUUUUCAUUUCCAACAGCUAUUUUUUAUCUCCUUUUUAACCUAAAUUUUUCAUAACUUCAAAAUUUCAGUUUAGUGUCCUUUAUUUCAGUUUAGUGUCCUUUAUUUCAUGAGUCAUAUACUUUGUUUUCAGAAUUCAGGGUAUCAGAAUCCCAUUUAAGGAGCUAGGUAAUUUGCCUAGGCUUCAGAAGCUUGCUUGCGCCAAGGACAAUCUUUUCCUGACAUCAGCUGCAUCACAUUUUCAAUUGCAGCUUAUUCAGUGGAAUGUCAAAUUCUUUAUAACUGCCAGGUACUAAAGCUUCAUUAUAGUUCUGCUCUUUAUCAGUGUAUGUAAUCUACUAUUGUGUAAUCUUCUGAGUUGCUACCUAAAUAAUGCAUUCUUCCAAAUAGUCAUUUUAUUAGAAAUGUGAUGUGGUCUUUCAGAUGGAUAUAAACUACUAUAAUUGCCUCCUA